GGCUUCGUGCCAAGAUGUGAAACCCCUUGCUUUCUUUAAUGGCUCCACAUUGACGUAAGUAGAUAUUUCAAAAGUCGAGCGCGAAUAUUUUUUAUGCACAUAUCCUCCACAUGCACAUUCAUCGUUUUGGUUUUUAAAUUUUUGCGUUUUUUCAAUUUUGGUUUUCAUUUUUUUGUACACUAGGUCGCUUCAAAGCUGCUCUUCACAAAUUACAUCGAGCCGUUUGUCUUUUUUUUCCCUUGCGCCUGCGUGCGUCUUUUUGUUUUGCAUUUUUUGAAAUUUUAUUUCCAUAUAUAAUUUUGUUUCUUGUACUUCUACUUGUGUAAGUUCUCGCCAUGCCGGUUUUCUCCGCGAGACGAGCGGGGGGACAGCAGGUUCAACAGAUCGCCCCCCUCGCUGCGGUCUACGACCCGGUCCAGCAGCGCGGCGGCCACGUGCCUAACCAGAUCGCGCAGAAGAACACGCACGCUGAAAUCAAAGGCGCAAGUGAAACAACACCAGGAGCAGGAGCCUUCCGUGCCUGCUUUAAGGAAAGCGAAAGAUUUUUCGUUCCACAUCGCGGAGUUGUGGAGCAAGAAACACAGCUGCUUGCUGCAGAAGGUUCUUACCUAGUAUUCGGAUCGAGUGGGCCGUUCUUUCAGCAAGAACAUGAUGAACUACCAGAAGAUCAUCUUCUGCAUCAUGAUCCUGCCGACGUCAAUAAAACCCGGCGCCGACCGACGGCGCUGCAGCAACAAUUCAUCCACUGGUUGUUCAUUUCGCUCCUACUCCUCGUCCUGUCUCCUACACUCCUGGCGGACCGGCACAUUACCGCUUUCGCCGUAGAAGUGUCCCAAGACGCGGUAGAGGACCUGAACGUCGACCACUCGUCCCCCGACGCUGGUGCAGAGAGCACCUCCUCGCCCGUGGUCAGUUCUACUUCGAGCAGCGCUUCCUCUACUUUGUCCACAAAUGUUGAUCGCGUGUCCUCUGAGCAGUCGGGCAGCGUGGAUGAGGGGGACCUGCACCGUGCAAUCAAUCAGCGACCAAAAAAAAUGAAGCGGGCAAACCUUCGCGGGGCAGUCGCCCGGCAGCAGCUGCUGGCGGUUGAUCGAGAUGAAGAACUGUCGCUCGACUAUCCACCUGAACAGCAAGCUUGUCGCACGAGAGCGCGUUGAUUAUCUAUGCAUGCAAUUACUACUUAAACACAAUCAAAAUCAAAAUGAUUUGAGAAAGCACCAUCAGCAUGAGUAGGCAGAAGCUUACUCAUUUUCAUCCCCAUUUUGUUGUUGAUGGUUAAUAUCAUCUUCACAUAGGUAAUAUUCAUUGAUUUCCAUUUGAAGGUGUUCAUGAUCAUGCGUGCGCAUGCGCGUGCGGUUUUGCAAUGCAUAAUUACUCUUCUAUCUCAAAUCCGUCCUCUGAACCCUCCCGGCGGGACGCACGGCCUCCGCACAGCUGGCUCACCGCCUUCUCUUCGUUUCUGGAAACACUGCGAGCCGACUAUUUUCAAGGAGGAGGUAUUAAACCACCGCGGCAGAAAAGCGGCGCCGAGAUCAAUCCUGCGACCACUAGUCAUCUACUUGGGGAUACUACCAUGUUGACCAGAGCAGGUGGGGGACGAACGAGCACCACUGGAUUCUUGCAACGAGAUGAGCAAGACCAACCACAGCUCUCCCAAACUGAUGAAUUUGCAUCGCAAGGAGCGGACGCACUUGCCUCCUCAGGCUCUCAAGACGGACACGGUGGAGUUACUACUGCUGUGCAGACUGGGCUGGCCGACGGGGAAGAUGACGGUUCCGCUGCCAGUGUAUCAUUGAACGGCAAGAAUGCAGCCCAUCAUGAUUUUGGUGGCGACGAAGGAGCAUCGAUGGUACACGAUGAAAAUAAAGUAGUACUUCACCGUCAUCAAGGUGCCCAUAAUUCGUGGAACCUCGCACCCAUUGCGGUACCUCUAUCCUGCGUGAACGUUGUAUCGAUGUAGCGCUACACGUACGUAUGAUGUAUAUAUGAGCAUGAUCUAUGGUCACGGCCAUAGUAUGGCCUACUGUAGUGGAAGAUUCGAAUCAGGAGCUUCGCGUUUGCUGUUUGGCUACUUUUGAGCUCCUUGAGCCUGACACGGCUCGUCCCCAUGGUAUUCUUGGUAGUGCUACUGCUCUGCUGAGUUAAUGAUGGUAAGGCAAGGCGAAGGCGACGAACACGCCUGCUGCAGGUGGUCUUGUACUUCUCAAUGGGGACGUUGUACUCACGCAUAGGCAUAUUAUCACAUGGACAUGGGGCCGUAAGUACUGAAUCUGAAGCUUGUGGUGCGUAAUUUCAUAACGUGUAAGUAGGUACCCGUACAACUAGCCGUACGCGAUACAACUCAUUUUUUAUUCCUGCAUACUUCACACGCCCCCUGCCCCAGUUCCACUCGGCUCUGGGUCACGCGUAUCAUUCGUGAAAGGUGUCCUCACCGUUCGUCGGCAGGAAGUGAAAGCACUGUGCAACAUGAACAUUGAUUUAUAGGCCUUGUAGUACAACAAGGAGCGUGUUUUUCAAGCUCCCCGCUCCCAUUCACAAAAGACGGAAUCCGCGGUACAGAAUCUGCGGUUCUUCUAGCGCACCACUCUGUGCGUGCAUAUCCGCGUUCUUGCAUAUUGAGCAGACACUAAUCCAAAAAGAAUAUUCAUAUUGUUCAGACACUAUCCUGUGUCGCUAGAAAAAAGGACGUGUUGCACUCGCUUCUUGUCUCGGGGGGGAGUGAAGACAAAUUUCCAAGUCGAUAGUUACUUGCCAGCUUCGUUCCUGUAUCACGCGCAACACCUGAGCACCCCUAUCGAUUUCUGCGCUCGACCGUAGAUGUAGCUCAUCCGUGGAGGUACCUUAUUUAGCUACAUCAAACAAGCUACAUCACCGGGUGCAGCUUCUUCUACUACCCGCUUGCAGCUAUUUGAGGUGAGAUAAAAAUAUCUUCACCAUAACUAUCGAAACAAACUCUCUUCGUUUCACCCGUUAUGGUAAAUGCAUAUACACACGAGCUAGAGCUACGUAUUUUACCACGGCUGCGCAUUGAGCUAGAUCUACGCAAAUUCGGAAAUCAUGGGAGAGGGGUGCGUGCUUCUGCUUCAUAUUAGUGAUAUCAGAAAUACAAAAAAAGAAGGCGACGUCGUCGGCACACUGUCGGGGAUGCUUCACAACAUCGAGGGGGGCUUUGCGACUUUUUGGGCAGAAAUUGUAUCGUACAAAACCCUACCUGCUAGUACUCGUAGCAUGUAAAUGUACAAUGAGGUCUUCAUGAGACGCUGAGUCAGAUUUUUCAUGAGUUUUUGUGCGUGCCAACAUCAAGGUGGACGACCUGGACACUCGUAUUUUGUGUACCAGUCCUAGUUCUUCAACAUUACAUGGGCAUACCAACCUGUCAUGAAAGUGAUGACCUCGACGACAUCAAGAAGACAAGCCGCCUUCUACUUUCGAACUAAUUGGAAAGCAAAGACAAAUGAAGAAGUGAUGAAGCAGGCGACAUAGCCACGCCAUCAAUGCAGAAGUACACAGGCACAGCGCGUUUAUUUGGUCAUUUUUAGAAUCCUUGUUUGCUGAAAAAGGCCUCGCCGCGCUACUAGCAGGUCGCUUUCUCUACGAUUUCGUUUGGAGGAUGUGCACAAACCCGCGGCCAGCUUGAUCAGCAAAACCUUGGGCGAGCUCCUCGACCUAGAAGGUCAAAAGCAGAAGGUCGAAAACUUUUUGGAGCUCACAAAGACGGACAUGUUCAAUUAUUUCAGUGAGCUGAUGGCGUCCGCCGUCGACAGUGCGGUCAACCUGGUACCUGGUUUGUCAACGGUUUUGGUGCCGUAUGAGAGUGCACAACUCCAGCUCCCCCACCUCAUUUGUAUAGCAUGAACAGCAAUACAAACACCAACACACGUGGAGCCUACGCAUAACAAAUUACCUAGUAUAGUGCUGUUUGGGCUUCCGCUUCCUGAAUUUUUCAUGCAAACACUGCUACAAGACAGCGCAGCGACUGGAUUACUUGCGAUUUCGCAUGACAAACGAGGGGGACGAGGGGCGGGUUGUGCACUGUUACAUGCCGCUGUUUAUGAAGCUGCUGAACGAACUCCUGGAGAAGAAAUUCAAGGAUACUUUGAAAGCAAAAUUUCAAGAAAUACAAAAGGCUCUGCUCAGCACGGUCAUCCAGCAUACGCUCCCGGUGAUUUUCAGCUUACUAGCUACAGAACUGCCCAAAAAAAUCGCAGCGGAAGUGAAAGACGCUGCGGAUGAAUUUGUCCACGGUGUGGAAGACAAGGCAAAGGACCUUUUUCGCGAGAGUGAGACUUUUUCUUUUCUCAAAGAUAUGUUCGAGCUGCACCACGAGCCGCAAGCUGAACCUCCGGACGACGCCCACAGCGACGAAUUCGAUAAACAGGAGCAUCAUGACGCGUUCGAGGAGAAGCUCAGAAACCAAAACCUUGGUGACGAUGCUGAGGAUAUGGUACUUGAAGUUAUCCGCAGCGAGCAUGAUGGAGAGCUUCAAGUUACCGACGUAGCUUUCGUAGACGGCGGCCCAGGGGGCGAAUCGGCGGAGCGAGCAGCACUGGCACAGAAGUUGAAGAGAUCGAAAGCGAUGAAAAUUUCAGAUGAAAUAAAGGGGAAGGAGCGGCAUUUCCUUCCCCAUUUUUCAAAUAGAGGUCUCCUGACGGGAGUGAAGAAAAUCGCGAAGCACGCUGUGGCAGGAGCAGUAGAGGGAAUGGGAAACAUCGCCGGUAGCGUGAAGCACGCCGCGAGUAAAAUUGCAAAGGAAGGAAUUGUAGUCAUUCGCAGCGGGUUGAACGUUCUGCGAGACUUCAGGCGCAAGAUGUUUUAUGGAAAGGACCAAAACAGCAACAGCCAACUUUUCGCCCCGGGUCGCUCUGUCUGGUUUCGCCUUGUCAUUUUGAAGAACCACCCCGCAACUUUCGUUAUCGUCAAGAUAUUUGAAAGAAACUUGCAUCUUCGUGUCUACGUCUCUUUCUUGCUUCAGGAAGAUCAUUUUCCGCUCAUAAAUGCAGUAACGUUAAUGGUAUGUAUGCAUUACGGCAAGGCAUCUACACAGCUAUUUGUAGACAGAUCCCCUUUUUAUUGCUUCUCAUGCCAUUUAGGCACUCAACAGGGCUGCGCUUUUUAAUGAUAUCAAGGGAAAGUCUCGCGAGGUUGCUGCAGAGCUUGUUCGCUCGUCGAUUCACCGUGGAGGUGUGCAAUGCUGCCCGCAUCAUCUCUAUGUGUGUGCAAGCAGUUUGAAGCAUGUGAGCAUGGUUGGCGAAAAGAUGACCAAGGUGUAAUGUCUGGGGCGAUCAUUGGUUUUGGUGCAGGGUUUUUUGUCUUGCAUAUGCGGACGACGUUCAAAAGCAGCAUUGCCAUGAUCCGAAAAAAGAUUACGGAUGGAACGGUUAACUUGUUCUCGAUGCUGUUUUACCCCACCGCCCUGUUUUGGAUUAGGGAUCUUGUCGGAGAUUCGGUCCGUGCGGCGCUCAGCGUAAACAUGGCUAUGGGAGAAGUCGCAGCGGUCGUGCUUCCGGCGGUUCUCGAUACCGUUUUGCUUGGUGUGGGGUCAGACAAGAAAGUUCAAAAGCUUGUGGAAAACCAAUUUGCGACUGUGUUUCAGAACAUCAUUCCGCAUGUGGUACACGAGCUCCGUGUCGAGUCUUUCAAACACGUGUUUUCGCAUACGACACUGACGCAAUUUAUCGCCGGGCCUUUCGGUCUGAUGAAAAAUUUGGCAGCCAUGGUGGGCGAUCCGCUCGCAAAAGUCACUGCAACGGUCAAUAAGAUGGUGACGAAGCCGAAGCUUGCAGAGCUAGAGCCGUCCGAAGACUUCACGUUUACAACUCACAACGACAAUCAGCCCGAAACCGAACCUGAACCCGUGAGCGAAACAGCGGUGUCCGUGAGCCUUGUCCGAGACCUAGAAGAAAAUGUAGUGAAGAGCGAAAAAGCAGAACGAGAAGUACAAGAAGACGAAGGCAAGAUCAACCCGGCCACACCAGGCGGCGAUUCGUCCGGACAGCCGACAGCUCCAGGUAAAAGAUCGUUACACACGACGUCAUGAGCUCGCUACUCUUUUAAGUUUUCAUUUUUUUAUGCUCGCACAAUGGAAAUUGAAGUGGCACUGGCAGUGCUUUAGACACAUCCUCGCCCCCGACAUACAGCUGCCUUCACUUCUCCAUGUCUCCUCUAUCAAUUUAUGUUCUCGCGGAUUCUUUUGCUGCGCAUUUGGUCUGUAAUUUUCCUAAUGUCUCUCUUUUAGAAUUACAUCGGCCUCCUGGGCUUCGGCCAGCGCAAAAAACAAAAAAGGUCGAUUUCAAGUGCUGUAUCCGGCAAUUGCUCAGGCGCUCUCUCUGUUAGACCCAGAGGGCUUAUCAGGGCAAUUCGUGUGCGGACAUUGCCGUUGCGGUUGUACUAGCCGUAACUACUUGCCUAAUGCUAAUCCUAUAAUUCGUCAUUUAAAUAUUACUGCUGCUCGCCGUGCUUCUGCUUCUGAUUUCCGAGAGACGGAUAAACGAGAUGAGAAGUGGCGAAAUUAAUUUAAGUAAAAAAUGCUAUUGAAAGCCAACUUCUUGACAGGGCCGCAUGAACACCACGAACAAGAUGUCAGCUUUCUGGAAUCGACGGACCAAAACGAAAACGCGUCUGGUUCCCACCUGCUGGAUUGGACGAGAAAUUCGCGUAAUGACAAUGACAGCAGUCGCCGAGGUGCGUAUUUCUUACUACCGAAACACGACGACUCAAGCACCAGUACAGCGAAUGGUCCUCCCCUUGCCCUGUCCUCGAUGGUGCAAACAAGUACACUGGUGCAACAAGGUCGUCACGUAGAUGAAGCCAACGACGGCAAAAAGGCUGGGGCGUCAACAUCAUUCUUUGUGAGGAAGGUGAUAGAAUGUGUCAAAGUAGCAGCACUUGGUCUUCUUGCACUUGUGAGAAAGUCGCCGAAAUUCCUGAAGCACGUACUUUACCCACUGCAAAGGCACCACUCUACAUACAGUCUUGACGUAGUUGCACACGUAAUCAUGCGCCCUCUACUCGUGACGGUGACCACCGUCAUCCGUCGUGGUGGAGUCUUUUUCGGUCUGGGAAGGCUUUUCCAAUAGGCACUGGCCCGCUGGCCCCAUUACUUACAUCGGUUCGAAUUUUUAUGGAUGCUAUUGGUGCGUGUUGGCUUUCUUGCUUUUUCUUUUUAUUCAAUAUGUUCUUUGUUGGAGACAGCGGCAGCGCUCUUCGUUCAGUAUUCAUUGUAUCCGUGCAGCAGGUUCAGGCUCAGUAUCUAGAAGAUGCCUUUGGAGUGCCAGUGCAUAUGCGCGCAGACGGUGUGGCGAAGAGGGUCGCGAGCAUGGCUCAUGACCUUGUAAACAAUUUCGCGUCUUUGCUGGUGGGUUUUCUGCUCUCCAUUUUUUCUUAUGUAAGUACACUGUGGGCUUGUCAACAGGGUCCGCUGGGAGACCGCCGCCGCGCACUUGUAGAAGAGAAGCGCUACCUCAUGCGCUCGUAGAAGUCUUCUCUGCAAUGUAGUUUCUGCAUGAUCUUCUUCAUCAGCAUCUUGGCAAAUGUUCAAUCAUAAAUCAAAAUCAUCUGUACUAGCCACUCUCUCUCCCCUCUACCAGCCCUUUACUGCUUCCUUUCGCCCCGAUCCGUACUCACUCGCAUUGUCUGGUGGAUUGCGCCCGACUCAUCAGUGCACCAAGCAACCGUAAUACUCUUGUUGUCUUUCCCCGCAAUUGGACGAGUUUCAAUUUACGGACUCUGACGAUUUUCGAAAUGAAGAGAUCUCGUUCCUCAUCUUAGAGAAGAUGCCUUACAGUCUGCUCUACGGAUUCGACCCGCGACCGUGUGGCCCUGUUGAUGUAGUCGUGUUUUCAUGGAAUAUCCUUGGAGUUUUGACGCCCGUGCUAAGCGUUGUGCCUGGACUGGGACUAGCUUUUGGUCUCGCGAUGCCUGGCCUCCGGAUGGUCAUGCAAAAUGUUCUCCUGGGGGAUGAUGGCGAGGAUGAUGGAAACGCAAAAGAGAAAGUACAAGGAAGGUGCAAGUUCACGGGAAUGGUCGACAAGGUGUUUAGUAGUACUGUCAGCACCUCCAAAAUGCAUGCUGAAGAAGGGACAACUUCUCCAGUUCCAGGCGAGGAGAAGAACGGAGGGGAGAGCAUGAGCAGCACAUCACAAAUAACUACUUGUACAGGCAGCUCGGUUCUCGAAAAGCUCCUUUUUGACGCCAUGAAGAAUUUUUUUGACGACGAAGUUGUAGGCACAGGCAAAGAUCAUCUUCAAGAAACCUCCGACUCCACACUACAUGAGAAAGAGAAGCCGGUCCGUAGUUUCAGCGAAAUUUUGGGGGUGGGGGAAGGAAAAGGGGAUACAACCCAGUCGAAGUCUUCGCACCUCCAAGGUUUGGUGAAUUACCUUCAGUCUUCCGACGAACCUGCUGCUCCAGCACACGCGCACGAAGAGCAAUCGGGAGAUGCAGCUACUAGCGGCAGUGGUGCAACAACAUCCGCUAGAGCUGCGUUGAACUCGGCGGCUAAAGAGUGGGAGACGAGUGAACAACUGCAAAGCCGGGUACAACUACACUCUUCGCACAUCAGGAGCGACAACGCUGCUACGGACUUUGAUGACGCUGCGUCAGACCACUCGACUGAGGCUCCUUCAGAGAGCGCUGACUCGUUACCAGGUUUCGAGUCAGUUGCUUCCAGUGAAAUGGGUGAGGAUGAUAAAGAUGUAGAUCUAGAUGACCUCCACGAUCAAGAUCAUGAGCCGGGGGCUGAGCAGCAGCACGAAGUUUCGAGUUCUCUGCAAACCUCCAAAGCCUGCCCGGGAUCUGAUGACAGAGCAAGUGCGGUUGCACUUGCGGGUCAAGGUGGAUGCGCGGGUGGAGCACCAGAAACAGCGGCUGCGGGUGGAGGUCAGAUGAUGCCCAGUACCUCUCCUCCUCCUCAAGUUGCCGGCCCGAAGGUCGUGCACGGAAAUUCGGAUCAGGAACAAAAAGGACAACAGCAAGAAGAACAGCAUGUCGGUGUUGCGGCAACGUUCUCUUGGAAGAACUUCAAGCAAAAGGCAGGUCAAGUUGUGGAUGGCAUGAAAAAGAAGAUAGCCGGACAGAUGCACACCCGACAGAAAACCGAUGCGAAAGGCGAAGUGGCGCAAGAGACGACGAAGGCGAGACACGACGAUGGGAGAACUGAGAGUGGCGAGAUUGAUGAACCCCAAAAAGCCGCCGACGCGAAAGCUCUUGAGGACGGAACCGGAAAAGAGAUGGGGACAUCCGACAAAGAUUAUGCAGAAGAAGAAUACCAAACUACCCCAACAAGUACCAACUGCCGCUCCUGGUAGCUUGAUAUGCGUUCAGUAUUAUGAUAUACCGAAUCAUGCGAACGAGGACCUGAUCAGCCUCAUACUCAUUUUUUUGCAUGGUGCUGGUCUGCAAUUUAUUAUUUUAGAACAAGCUGCUCCACCUCUGCAAUGAGAGGUGGAUGAAAGAUGGAAGAGUAUUGCUCUUACUUGCCGUAGUUUGUUCAGACUGAGUUGUAGCGGUAGCAGCGUUUUUUAUUUGUUGUGCGCCUCUUGCCGUGACGACUUUUUCAAAAAAUGCUUCGCUACCACCGACCGGCCGUUGGGGACAGGGGUAAAAAGCGUUUUCACUUGGAGGCUUUUGAAACGGGUGCAGAUACGGGUGCUGGGAUGAUUUCCGGGAAAAUGACAAUUGGGAGCGUUGUGCAGAACAUUGAAAAUACGAUAGCAAAAGCGUCCACAAAUGCCGUCCAAGGGUUGGAAGAUCUGGGUAUGCGGAUUUUGGGCCAGCUAGGAAGGUUCCUGACCCAAGGGCUGUAUGCUGCUUUAGUAGCUCUUGCCAGCCAUGCAAUAUCUCGUCUGUUGGCUACGCGAAAAGUGCCGUGGGUGUAAGAAUCAUAGCGCUCUACUGUGGCUUGACGUGCAUGUAAUCUCAUCUACUUCAUGAAAAUAAAAUCACUGCCAAGCAUGUGCUUCCUGCCCAGCAUGUGCCUCCUGCCCAGAAUGUGCCGGGUCAACAUCCACCCAUGGCUUGCUUCUCAUCAUCUUCCUACCCGAGUAUGGUUACCUUUUCUACCGAUUUAUGCUUUUGCAUGCAGUUCGUAUGCCAAAGCCAAACUUCGACCCCUUCGGGACGAGGAUAGUACAGCUGGGUUGCGCAAAUUUCCUCUUUUCUUCCGAAUGGACUCCUCGGUCUCGCUCUCGACCACAGUCAAAAAAGUAGCGCUAAACAUGCAUUCACAGUUUACGUUUCCAUAAAAAUCGCCGCACUACUGCUAGUUCCCGGGGUACGCGAGACGCCGCUUCCGGCAUUGCUGAGCGGGGUCCUUCCCGCGUUGAUUUGGAGCUUUUUCAAGCUCGAUCAUGUGGAAAACAUGAUUCUGACAGCCGUGGAAGGUCUUGUGACGGCGCACGUAGAGUUUUCGCAGGGCUUCGAACCCAUCGUCACCUACGUUGAGGAGAAUUUUGCACAUUUUGCCAAGGCGGCUGUGGCCGCGAUCCGCAGCCACUUGUUUGGAAACGCGGAAGAUCACGACGAUAUUCCGGAUCAAGAAGCCGGAGCCAAAUCAUCGCUUCAUGAAACGCUGUUGAACAGAGGCAUUCCUUAUGAAAAAGUACCAACUAGCGACCCCAGCAUUCCCCAUCUGCCGCAAAUGGAGAUAAACGCAAAUAUGAAGCACGACUAG